AUGCAAAUUUUCGUGUGGACAUUGACCGGAAAAAAGAUAACUUUAGAGGUAGAAUCAAGCGAUACAAUUGACCAAGUUAAACAAAAGAUACAGGAUAAAGAAGGUAUUCCAACUGACCAGCAACGCCUAGUUUUUGCUGGCAAGCAAUUGGAAGAUGGGAAAACCUUGUCAGACUAUAAUAUCCAAAAAGAAUCUAUAUUGCAUUUGAUACUUAGACUACGUGGUGGAAUGUUUCAUGAAACUAGUGGCCGCACAGGAUUCGAUGAAUUACCACCACUUUCUCAAUUUACAAUCCCUAAGACCGAAGAAUGUAAACAAGAACACACACUUUCCCAAACCGAAGAACCUCCACAAGAUGAAGUUCAUAAUGAUAAAAAUAAUAAUAGCUCUGUUGCUUUAUAUCGUAAAGUUGGCAAUGACCCUACAUGUGGUAAAGAUUGGAUGGAUAUCACUGAUCAAAUGCAACAUGAAUUGGUUCGUGAAUUUGGCUACUCGGAUGAGGCAGUGCAACUAAUGCGGCGUGCUCCACAAAUUUAUCCAGAUGAUCCUGAAUUUCGUAAUACUCAAGUAUAUGUUCGCAAUAAUAUUGCACACAUUGGAAACCUUACUGAAGGAAUGCAAGCACCUGAUUGUUCACUUAUUCCUCUAG